AUGCUGGACGAAUACGACAUCCAGCCGAAAUUCGGCCCGGCGAUUCGAAUCUUCCUACACUCUCAAUUCUUCGGUACGCCGCCGUACCCGGAGCAUUCUUUUGCGGGACAGACAAUAAUUGUCACUGGGUCUAACGUUGGUCUCGGGUUCGAGGCAGCGCGGCACUUUUAUCGUCUCAACUGCGCCAAGCUAAUUUUGGCGGUACGGACUGUGUCCAAGGGGCAAACGGCCAAAGAGGAUAUCGUCCGCAGUGUUCGACAUCGGACUGAUGCAGAUGCUAUCGAAGUGUGGGCUCUGGAUCUGACGAGCACAGCUUCGACCUUAGCAUUUGCACAGAAGGCAAAAGCCGAGCUGCCUCGACUUGACGCUGUGGUGGAAAACGCCGGAAUAAGCAAUCCCACAUGGAAUGCCAAUGAGGGCUUUGAGACAGUCAUCCAGGUCAACGUCAUCAAUACUCUACUGCUCGCGUUGAGUCUCUUGCCCAAGCUCACCGAGACAAAGGAGAAAUACCCAGAUUCCACUCCACAUCUGGAGAUUGUCAGUUCAGAGGUCCAUAGAUACACGAAGUUCCCAGAAGCGAACGCCCCAGACAUUUACAAGACGCUGAAUGACGAGGCGUCAUAUAAUGCUCUUGACAGGUACAAUGUCAGCAAGCUGCUGGAAGUUCUGUUCGUUCGGGAAUUCGUCUCGCGGCUGGGCAAGUCGCAGCCGUCUCCACCCCCUGUCGUCGUAACUCUUGUCAAUCCGGGGCUAUGCCGGAGUUCGCUGGACAGAGACCAAAAUAUUGUCGUGAGAGCGGUGGCUGGCCUCUUGAGGUAUAUCGUUGGACGAUCAACAGAGGCGGGGUCACGGACAUUGGUCUAUGGUGCUUGUGCAGGCCCAGAGUCGCAUGGCAUGUUCAUGUCAGACGGGAGAAACCAGGAUGUAGAAUCCUGGAUAUAUACUGAUCAAGGCAAGAAACUGCAGAAGAAGGUGUUUGAGCAAACCAUGAAAAUCCUGGACGAAAGACGCUUCAAGGGAACCAAGCCUGAUUGGGGCUUUGAUCUGGGAGAGUACUAA